CAAGUGUCAAACAAUCUGCUGUCAUUUUAAAAUCAAAACGUGCAAAGUUAUUUAUUGUUAUUGUAAUAUAUCUUUCAUUAUCAUAUUUAAUAAAACUAGUUAGCUUAUUACUAAGUCAGGGUUUCAUAGUUUUCGAUAUUUAUAAGAUUUAACGUAUUAAAAUAAUGUCUUCCUGGAAAAAAGCCGCGAAGGCUAACCAAAAAACCCAUAAGGAACGACAUCAACCUGAAUCAAGAAAACAUUUAGGUUUGUUGGAAAAGAAGAAAGAUUACAAAAAGCGAGCUGAAGAUUACCAUGAGAAGGGCGAAACUCUUAAACUAUUACGCAAGCGUACAUUGGACAAAAAUCCCGAUGAAUUUUACUUUCAUAUGGUUAACUCUAGAGUUAAGGAUGGGGAGCAUCAUGAGCUGGAGAAAGAGGAAGAGCACAGCGUGGAGCAGAUCAAACUCAUGCAGACGCAGGACAUCAAGUACAUCAACAUGAAGCGCACCAUGGAGAGCCGACAGAUUGAGAAGCUGCAGUCUCACUUGCACAUGACAGAUGUAGUGGAUGCAACACCCAACACUCAUAUAUUCUUUGUGGAUGAAGGGGAAGAAAAGAACUUUGAUUUAGCAAAGAGGCUGGACACACAUCCCUCUCUGAUAAACAGAAAGUCCAACCGGCCCAGAUUGUCGGAUUUGAACAAGAUAAAAUUACCCACAGUUGAUGAACAGGUUGUAAGAGAAGCUACAAAAACGAAACUAAAGACAUACAAAGAGCUGUCAAAGAGAAUAGAGCGGGAAAAGCAGCUAACAGUUGUACAACAGAAGAUGGAACUCAAGAGGCACCUCCAUGAUGCUAAGAUCAUGAAGCCCAAAAGAAUACGACAGGGGACCAAAGUCUCCGCACCCGUUUACAAGUUUCAAUAUAUGAGGAAAAAAUAAAAUAUUCAAUAUUG